AUGCUCAAAGAUGUCAAGGCAGCGCGACAACAGAGACGCGAAGCAAAAGUGCACCAAAAGCAAGCCAGGGGGUCAGAGAAUGCCAGCAGUGGUACCAGGAAGACAUCCGGACGCGAUACUCCGCGCUCAAUUCCGGGCGAGCAAUCGACCGCGAGUGGACGACCUUCCACGACACUGAGCGAGGACCCAUUUGUUGACCCAGAUGAUGAAAACCCCGACGAUGAGAAUCGGCCGUGGCAAGAUGCGGUUGGGGACUAUUACGAACGGCUGGCCCGCCGGAACGGAAACGAGCGUGCUUUCGACCGUUCAUCCCUCCACCCGGCCUUUGGCGGCUCGGCGGCUCAACCCGAUGCCCACUUCCGUCGAGACUUUGGCACGGGAAAAGAGGUGGAUCGGAAAGAACAAGGGGCUCUUUGGGAUGACGCUGUUGCUAAUAGUCCCGCUAGGAGUGAACAGCGUUUACGCGCAUCUGAUUUCCCCCCCUCGAUGAUUCAAGACGAUGCCCGACGGCGUGAUCGGUUCCGACACGUAGACUCCACGGACUCCGAGCCGCGCACUCCUCGACCUACCACGCCUCCCGCCGCUACCCUCCCACCGCCGUUCCGUGGGUACGGCACCGCAGCGCCGAGCAGCUCGUCGUAUACGGACGCCAGCGUGUACUCGAACAGCGAGCCGGCCCGGCCUCACCCGACGACCGAAUCGCUCGCCUCCAUCGUCACGGCCUGGCCCGACGUCACGUCUCGCUCGUCCUCCGCCCGUAGACCCCGUGGACCCCGUGGACCCCGUCCGGGCGGGCUCGUAAGUACUUCCUCCCCCUCGCCUCAGAAUGACAAUAUCGUGACACAGGACCGCCGCCGCGCCACAGAUUCGAAAUUUACUCCCCCUCGCGGGUUCGAGAUGUCCCCCGCUGAAGCAGCAUGGUAUCUAGCCGAGGAAGAGAGGGUAGCUCGCCUAGAGGAGAUGGGACGUAUCGGCCGACCGAGUUUCAAGGAUCAUGUUGACUCUCGUGCUGCUGCGUCGGAGGCCGGAUCAGACCAAUACGAGAAUGGCUUGAGAACACCGACGGCGGGCUCUACGCAAGAUGGUACUUGGGCUCCGUCGUCUCGUGAGCGACCUGUGCGAGAUAUGUCGCGUGGCGAUGACGAUGACGAUUGGCGCAGCGUCGCGACGGUGGGGGGACGGCCGCCUUUGAGUGAGGCGUCGACGAUUUAUCCGGAUGAUUCGUAUAGUUUGGCUAAUUUCCGACGGUGUUGA